GUUGCUUGGUAUAAAACGUAUUUUCUCACCAUAAAAGAUUCAGCAAGUUUUUUUUCUUCUUCUUUUUAUCAACAUGGCUGCAAACGCUGCUUCAAAUAUUGCUCAAAAAGUUAUGGGCGAAGUGCCCGUUUCUGUCGCUAACGAGAACAAACAAGCAACUUCCGAUUCAGACAUGCUUGCCUGUUGCUGGGUUGGUAAAGGCAAAGUAGAAUUAAGAAGAGUGCCCAAGCCAGAUAUAACGGAUGAUGAAGAUGUUAUUGUUAAAAUUACUGGUACAACAGUCUGUGGAUCUGAUCUGCACUUGUAUCAUGGAGAACUGAUGCAGCUCAAGGAAGGAGAAGUCCUUGGUCAUGAAUUUAUUGGUACUGUCGAAAAGAUUGGCCACAAUGUGACAAAGGUCAGACCUGGAGAUCGUGUUGUGGCUGCCUUCAACAUUGCUUGUGGUAAAUGUGAGUGGUGCACCAAGGGAUUAUUCACUUCUUGUUCUUGUGCAAACAACAGCUCAGUCAUGGACAAGCUCUAUGGCCAUCGUAUCUCUGGUGUUCUUGGUUAUUCUCAUAUGCUCGGAGGCUUCUCUGGCGGUCAGGCUGAAUAUUGCCGUGUCUUGUUUGGAAACACGAAUCUGCUCAAGAUACCCGACAGUCUUCCUGAUGAAAAAGCUCUCUACUUGUCUGACAUCGUUCCUACCUCUUUUCACUGUGUUUUCGAUUCAGGCGCUAAAGAAGGAGAAGCUAUUGGUGUGUGGGGUCUUGGCCCAAUUGGUCUCUGUGCAUGUCAAUGGCUACGCAAGGUAUUCAAAGCCAGGCGUAUCAUUGCCGUGGACAACGUACCUGAACGUCUUCAGUUGGCCAGGGAUCUCUGGGGCGUAGAAUGCAUCAACUUUGACGUCGAUACGGAUGUUUCUGCUAAGAUCCUCGAGCUUGAACCUAAAGGUUUGGAUCGCUCUCUCGAUUGUGCUGGUUUCCGUUAUUCAAAGGGACUUUUGCACAAGAUCGAGCGUGCUGUUGGCUUGGAAACAGAUACAAGUGAGGUCAUUAAUGAAGCAAUCCGAGCAACAAAGAAGUUUGGUACUGUUGCCUUGAUUGCUGAUUAUGCUGCCUAUACCAAUCAUUUACUGAUUGGUGGUAUUAUGGAGAAAGGUAUCCGUCUUGUGGGUUGUGGUCAGGCACCUAUUCAAAGCUACUGGGAUAAAUGCUUGGAAUACAUGAUCAACGGUGAUUUUGAUCCAUCUGUCAUACUUACGCAUCGAUUCAAAUUGGAAGAUAUUGUGGAAGUAUAUCGUCGUUUCGAUAACAAGGAAAACGGUAUUAUGAAGACGUUUAUUGAAACUCGAUUCAGUCGUCCAGCAAUGCCUGGAUCACCUGGUUUAACUACUGUUCAUCAUACGUGAGCUGAUCUACGUUUAUCAUUGGACUCUUGAUCUAUUCUUUUUGUAUAUUGAGUGUAAAUAAAUAAAAGCAUAUUUAGCCUUCAUUUUCCCGAAA